UUCGGCACGUCGGUUACUCUAUGAUUAUAGGGCAAAGACGCUGCCUGGUGUGGAGGAGAAUCGGCACGACUCCAGUGAGUACCGAAGCCACUCGCCCUCAACCGCCCUCUCCUCCACGCCCGUGUUCCGCGCAUCCUUCCUCACUCGGCGCGCCUCCACAUCCGCCACCUGUAUCUGCUCCUUCGCAUCUGCGCUCUGCACGUGAAUCCUCGAGCUACGCACCCCUAUCCUCGUCCUACGCGCCCUCGACCGGAACUGUCCACACAAGUAGCUGCCCGGACGAAGGCUGGGAUGCGCGGACUCCCCGCGCACCCAGUAGUCGCUCCGCCGCCUCUGCCUCACCACUCGAGGUUGUACAACUGUGCGGCGCUAAGUUCAGCGCGCCACAGCGUGCACUGGGACUGCAGCGGCCAGGGUGCCUUCAUGGACACCUACCUCGCGCUGCAGGCGUCCACCAUCUCCCAGCACGUCGGCAUCAUGAUCUACGUCUUUGAGGUCGAGUGGCGCAACAUGCCCAAGGACCUCCAGUACUACCGUGGCUGCCUCGCCGCGCUCCAGAAGUGCAGCCCCGAUGCCGCCGUCUUCAUCCUUGUGCACAAGCUGGACCUCGCCCGCGGCUCGCGUGCGCAGACCCUCGAGAGGCAGACACUUGAGCUUCACCAGGCAAGCGGGGACGUGCUUAUGACCGUGUUCGGGACGAGCGUAUACGACGACACCACCCUCGCGCGCGCCUGCAGCGCAACCGAUGUGGUCCUCUUUGAGCGUACCACCUUCCUCGUCAUCGGGACCUCCUCCCCUCCCUCCGCGCUGCUCGUUAGCUCCCCCGUGCUCUCCUCCCCAUCCUCGAGCGCGCCACAACGAACGGCCUGCUCACGCCAACCUCGCAGAGCUCACUCCUCGCGCGGGAGUCCGAGCUGAUCAAGGUGUUUGCUCAAGUACGCAUGCUCGCGCGUGCAUGAGGAGUUCCACUCACUCGAGAUGGAGCUGGACGAGUUCACGGUGGUGCUCGACGAGCUCACGAAGAGCAUGUACGUGCUCAUCGUGGCGCAUGACUCGACAAUAGACUGCGGCGCUGAGGAUGAACAUCCGGCUUGCUCGGAAGAAGUUCGAGGUGCGC